AGCCAGGAAGAGAUGCUGCCCUGGGCGGAUCUGUUCCGCAGCGCCUGACCCCUCUUGGGACCCGUGAUGCCCGGGCCGUGGCAGGGGGCGAGAAGCCCGGCCUGAGACCCUCGGAGCCGAGCGUUCGCUCCCUCACGGUCUCCCGGGCCACCGAAGCUGAAGAAAUGAGUGGUGGACUGGCCCCAAGCAAAAGUACAGUGUAUGUAUCUAACUUGCCCUUUUCCCUGACCAACAAUGAUUUAUACCGGAUAUUUUCCAAGUAUGGCAAGGUUGUAAAGGUUACUAUAAUGAAAGAUAAAGAUACCAGAAAGAGUAAAGGAGUUGCAUUCAUUUUGUUUUUGGACAAAGACUCUGCACAAAACUGCACAAGGGCCAUAAACAACAAGCAGUUAUUCGGUAGAGUGAUAAAAGCCAGCAUUGCUAUUGACAACGGAAGAGCAGCUGAGUUCAUCCGAAGGCGAAACUACUUUGAUAAAUCUAAGUGUUAUGAAUGUGGGGAAAGUGGACACCUAAGUUAUGCCUGUCCUAAAAAUAUGCUUGGAGAACGUGAACCUCCAAAAAAGAAAGAGAAAAAGAAGAAAAAGAAAACUCCUGAACCAGAAGAAGAAAUUGAAGGAAUAGAAGAAAGUGAAGAUGAAGGAGAAGAUCCUGCCCUUGACAGCCUCAGUCAGGCCAUAGCUUUCCAGCAAGCCAAAAUUGAAGAAGAACAAAAUAAGUGGAAACCCAGUUCAGGAGGUCCCUCAACAUCAGAUGAUUCAAGACGCCCGAGGAUAAAGAAAAGUACAUAUUUCAGUGAUGAGGAAGAGCUUAGUGAUUAAAGUUGUAUUUAUUUAUGUAAAUAGCAUUAAACAUAAUUAGUUUUUUUUUUUAAAUCUUGGAAUACCAAGGUCAAUGGUGACUAAAGAAUACUCUUAGAAUUUUAAGCGUAAGAAUAUUUAGUACUAAAUAGCUUUUGCUGUAAAAUAGUUCAUAGGAAUUGAAGAAUAAUGUUGAAGUAUCAUGUUUCUAGCUUGCCUCAGCAGAGUAAUAAAAAGAAAUUAAGAUUUGUGCAUAACCUUUAAUCUUGAAGCUUGACUAGAAAGAAAAUUCUGUGACAGUAAUGCUGAUACCAUCCCCUAAAAAAGGUAGAGAGUAAAAAAAUGUGUUUGAGAGGUUCAUUAUAAAGCUUAUUUGUGUCUGAUUGGUUUACAUGAGGAUUUGUGGAAAAAAGUUUCCUCUUUAAAACAAAAAUUUCAUAAAGACUGAAAGAGUUG